GGGCCAAGGCAGGAGACUCCCAGGGGCCAGUGGGGUGUGGGCUUUCAGGAAGCAUUCCUGAAAACAUCAGCUCAUGGGAGACGUCGUUUGUGACUGACCAAAGUAAAAACCAUGAGGCAUAGUCCAUUCAGCCCAUCGAGUCUGCCCCACAGUUCAAUGAGAUCGAAGCUGAUCUGAUCAUCCUCAAUCCCACUUUCCCGCCUUUUCCUCCAUAUUCCUUCCUGAUUAGAAAUCCAUCUCCACUUUCACCUCUUGGCCAAUUUCCUGACAGACUGGGCACUUCUUGGUGCUCCUCCCUCCCUGUCGUAGAAUCGAUUCUCUUGGCAUGAGAUUUACACACAGGUCAGUGAAAUAGCCAGAUUGAGACACGGUGGGUAAUUUAUCUCUGCAUGGAUCGAUCACGCGAGUUGGUACUGGAAUUAUUCACUGUCGUGCUCAGAAAACGCUCAUCGGACUUUCGGUUUGACGAGCGCCUUCUCCCAGCGGCGGCUCGCCGUCCUGACGAGUUCAGACACAGAGAACGGCAAGCCCCAGAGUUCCUGCUCCGUCACUUCACAGAGCGAGCUCCUCGGUUUCACCGCUUCCUCCAGCUCGGAGCAUGGCAAGUCCGACACUCGGGCUGAAGGGCCGUCCCGCACUGUGUAGCAUGAUCGCCAGCACCAGGAACCUCUUCGUGGGCAGAAAGAGGAAAAGAGUCGCUCACAACCCCGAGAGUGCCGAACAGGAAACCGGGAAUGCCGCCAAGUCCAACCCUUCCAAAAGGCACCGGGACCGCCUCAAUGUGGAAUUUGACAACCUGUUGAGGCUCCUACCGACCAGUGAGGACAUUGCCGGGCGAUUGGACAAACUCUCCAUCCUACGCCUCAGCGUCAGCUGCCUUCGCCUGAAAAGAUUCUUUGAAGCUACUUUGGGGCAACAGAAGAAAUGCCCACCUGCAGAGCAGGCUAACAAUGCCAGACUGGACUGGCAGCUGCCAAACCACGGCAAUGUAAUCCUGUCCGAAGGGGAACUGCUCCUGCAGGCGCUGAAUGGCUUUGUCCUGGUGGUGACCACUGAAGGUGACAUCUUCUAUGCAUCUCCUACCAUUCAAGAAUAUGUGGGAUUCCACCAGACUGCUGUUCUGCACCAGCCUGUGUACGAACUGCUUCAUCCUGAAGAUCGCGAUGAGUUUCGGCGCCAGUUGCAUUGGGCGCUGGACCCAGUGCCACGCUCCAACAUGGCACAGUCGGGUAACAGCACAAAUGUUGACGUUAUUAUGAGGUACGAUCCACAGCAACUCCCCCCAGAGAACUCCACUUUCCUCGAGAGGAAUUUUGUGUGUAAAAUGCGCUCUCUCCUCAACAACCCCUCUGGCUACAUGGCUGUAAACAUUGAAGGCAAACUGAAGUACCUCCAUGGGCAGAACAAGCGGGCAGAAGAUGGCACUCUCCUACCUCCACAGUUGGCACUCUUUGCCAUCGCGACCCCCCUCCAAGUGCCUUCAAUCCUUGAAAUCAGGACCAGAAGUGCCCUGUUUCAGACGAAACACAAGCUCGACUUUUCACCUGUUGCCUGUGAUACAAAGGCUAGGAUUGUGCUGGGUUACUCGGAACUGGAGCUGUGUAUGCGAGGGUCGGGAUACCAGUUUAUUCACGCUGAUGACAUGCUUUACUGUGCAGACAACCAUGUUCGAUCUAAGGGCUCCAAAACCGUUCACAGUAUUUGUGGACAACGUAUGGUUCUGGUCACCGCACUACCAGGAGGAUGUGGAUGCUUUGGGAGAGGGGACAGAACUCCCUUCUCUUCCCACAGAGAUAAAGAAGGGCUGGACCACUUCCAGAAGCGGACAAUGCCGUUUCCACUUCCAUUCUCAACAGGAGAGGCUGUGCUCUAUGACCAUGGUUUGCCAAUGCUUGGCCUCACCAGUUCCUUUCCGUCGGCGAGCAGCAACAGUAGUGUGCAACAGAGUGGAUACAUGGAUCCCAACUCGCUUCUGGGAGUCAUGAUGAGCCAAGACAAGGCCGUGUACAUCAGACCCCCAGCGACUGAGCCGAAGUACUCCAUCAGCCGGGUCAGUGGAGGGGUUGAGCUGGGAGGGAGUGCACUGGGUUCCCAGAAUGGAGAGAAAAACAUCAAAGAGGAAGAGGGCAGCUUUAAGCAGGAUGAUGACCUGUUGUCCCUGCUAGAUGAUAUGCUACAAGGUGACAAUGAUGAGGCAUUUACUGGCUUCCCAAAUGUACUGGAAAGCUUGGGACCAGAGGACCUGGAACUGAUGCACUGGGUGGAGAGCACAUUGACCAUGGAGGGAGUUUCGGAAAGCCCCCUCAGUGACGUACUCACAAACAACCAGGUCCUGUCUUAUGUUCAGGAGUCACUCAAGAAGAAGGAGCUGGGCCCUUGCCCACUGAACAGUCUGCAGCCAGACUUGGGCCCAGGACGCCAGUUGGCUCAACGUUCAGACACCACGCAAGACAGGGGUAAGGGCUCUCCUUGGAUGCCAUCCUCCUCUGGGCAGCCGAGUGCCCCGUCAUCAAUGCCCCAACCGCCGUCAAAGGUGAAUCGCUUGACCCACGGGCUGGUGCCACCUUGUAGCCUGGCGCACAGAAUGCAACACAGCCAGCACAGAGGGCAGUGGCCCCAUCCUGCACAGCGGCUGCCACCCACGCAGAGCCCGGCUCCUGCGCAGCGCCAAUGUGCGCAGCAGCAAGCCCGCUGUGAGCAACGGGCAGCCAGACGGGACCUAAAGCUGCCACAGCGGGUUCAUUGGCAGCAGUGCAGCCAGCAGUCAGACUGUUAUCUCCAGCAGCCUGGUGAUCCCAAUCCAUUGCCCAUCGGCAUGCUCAACCCAAGCUGCGCCAGUGGGUACCCGAGAGAUCCACACAGCGGCAGAGCUGAACCGCAGCAAAACAUACCCCUCCUUAACCUGGCACCCACCCCUGCAAACGUCACGGUCUGCGGAGCUCCCUCUCAGCAGAGCAGACUAAACUUCAGUCAUCCAGGAAUUGCACUCCCUAGUUACGGACAAGAGACUCAGAGUGCAACCAGCUGGUUCUCCAGGGAGAGCCAAGCCAGCGGAACUCUGUUUCCAUGUUUCAGCUCCCCGACACCUCCCCGGAAGAGUGCAAAUCUCCCUGUAUUUCACCCGGCAUCGACUGUCCCUUUGUGCCAUGAGUACUCCCACGUGCAUCCUGAAGAACAAAAUGGCUGGCACCCCGUGGACCUGUACAAGAUGAAAGAAGAUUCCAAUGGCUUUCUUGGCUUUCACCCUGCUCUGAACGGUACCCCGAUUUUUGGCAAUGGCUCCGCCCAAUGAGGAACCAGCCGGGCCUCUCACGAACAGAUCUGACGCCAUCUUUGCUCCAGGCCCCACUGUCUCCUUGGCAACGAGUGAAGGCUCCUGGAAGAUCCAAACCUUAUCAGGGAGGUGGCUUUUAGCUUUUCAACUUCAGAAGAUUUUGUUCGACAGAGUCUUAAAUUUGUCGUAGUAAAUGCUGCAACAAGUCCGUGACUUCCUCUGUGUCAAGAAGCUUUGAGGAAAACAAUGGCAACAUGGCAGAUUUAUUGCCUCUACCCUUAAAGGAUCAUCCUCAAGGUUUGGUUGUAGUGGAUGGCAUUUCUGGAGAACAGCCUUGCAUUCAGUAAGAAAACUGUCUCUUGAAUAUUCCUGGUUAGUUAAUCUGCUGGCUUUUGUAAGCGGGAAAGGUAAAUCCCAUCAUUUGACUGGGAGUCGCUAUUUGGAAGACACAAGGAAAGGUUUUUAAAGAUGCCAGAAAUCAAACUUGAGACCUUUCCAGAUCAAUCUUCUGAAAUGACGUAACGACAGAGGUGGGUUUCGCAGGUUCUGCCACAUGAUAAAGUCGUUGAGAGUUACAGGGACUUUUUUCUUCUUUUUCUCACUUUCAAACUUUCAAGCAAUGUGUUUCAAGAAUGGCAACCACAGGAAGUCUGUGUGUGUCUGUGUGUGUGUAUGCGUCUGUGUGUGUGUGUAUGUCUAUGUACGUGUGUGUGUCUAUGUAC